CCUAACCCCACCCGCAGUGGGUUUGAAUGGGAGGGUGGCUGCUUUCCUGCAGUUUGUGGAUGUGCAAACAUUCCGCUCUUUAUCUCCUAUUUUCUUUCCUCUUUCCUCUCACGCGAGCCCGUGCCCGCGAAACAUGGCUCGUUCAGCGGAUGUUUCAUGAGGCUUUAUCUCCUCGUCCAGUGAUGUUUGUGUGUGUGUGUGUGUGUGUGUCCCUCCCCUCACCCCUUGAGCAUAAAGCGGUUCUGUGUUCUGCGCGGUGCCGGAAAACAAAUCGUUCAGGGCUCGCGGGCGCAGCGCGAGGAGCCAGUUCGGGAAAAGCUCUCCGCUGCACCGCGCGCAAAAUGUUCCAGUGAGAAGCUUCCUGCUGCUGCUGAGCCUCUUAGGGAGAUAUAAACGCUCCAAAUCAGCGGGAUUAAAAAAAAAAAAAAAGACUUGUAUUAACUAUUGUAGAUUAUUUUAAAUCAGAUUUCCCCUCCUUUUUAUUAAACAAACGUUGAAAAGAAAAUCUGUGCGAGACGCUAAAACCGAGGAGUCUCGCGUUUUGCGCGUGUAGUCGAUUAUCGUGGAUGGACAGAUGAAAAGCUCGUCUCUUCCCUCUAGUCAUCAUUAGUAUGAUGAGUGUAGUUGGUUAUAUCGGGUUAUUUAUUUCUGAAUUGCUUCGCUUCGACGCGCAAAACCCCGGUUAUCUCCCGAUUGUGCGCACAGGAAAAAUAAAACUUCAACCUCAACUAUAAAUUACUUUAUUUUUUAUUUUUUUUAUUUUUCUGCUAAAUGUUUUGCUUUAUUUUUUUUUGCAAAAGCUGCGUCACGGUAGAAGUAGUUUGAGUGGUUCAUUACACGUGAUAAACUGUUAAUAGGGGGAAUUAAAAAUCAAAUGGCUAAAAUGAGACAAGCUCGUGCUGUAGGCCCAAAAAAAAAAAAAAAGCGACAGUGAAGAGCUGUGAUUUAUUAUUUUGUAAUGUUAAGUGUCAAAAAAUAUUUAAUGCAACAGUAAUAAUAUUAUUUCAACAAUGUAGGAAUUAAUUCUUUAGGAAAUAAAGUAAAUUAGAGCAGAGCUGGCGGCGCUCAGCUCCAUUUAAUUAAUUUAUUUUUUAGCCUUUUAUAAAUCUAAUUUAAAUGUUUUCCCCACUGCUCAGUGAGUGUAAUUCACGGCUCAACGUGCAUGUGUGUCAGGUGCAGGUUUCCGCGCUCGGUUUCUGCUGAAUUGAACGACAGAGAAAGAGGAAAAGGAGGAGGAGGUGCAGGUGGAGGAGGAGGAGAAGAGGAGCGAGAGAAAGAGCCGCAGCCGUCUAAACACACACAUUCAGAGUGUGAAAUGGAGGAGUCCAGCUCUCAGAAGUUGGUGUGGGAUGGGGACGCCAAAGCGGUGCAGCAGUGUCUCACGGACAUUUUCACCAGCGUCUACACGACGUGCGACAUCCCAGAAAACGCCAUAUUCGGGCCUUGUGUGCUGAGCCACACGUCGCUGUACGACAGCAUCGCCUUCGUCGCCCUGAAGUCCACCGACAAACGCACCGCACCGUACAUCUUCAGGGUGGACACCUCGGCGGCCAACAGCACCUCAGAGGGCCUGAUGUGGCUGCGGCUGGUCCAGUCGGCCCGGGACAAAGAGGAGCAGAACCUGGAGGCCUACGUGAAGAACGGCCAGCUCUUCUACCGCUCGCUGCGCCGCAUCGAGAAGGACGAGGAGCUGCUGGUCUGGUACGGCAAAGACCUCAUCGACCUGCUGCUGCUCAGCUCCAGCAGAGCGCCGGCCAAGAGCAAAGGUUCGUCCCACUACUCGUGUCCGGACUGCAGCCAGCGGUUCCAGUUUGAGUUUCCAUUCCUGGCCCAUCUCCGGUUCCGAUGCACCAAGAGACUGCAGAGCAUCACGGGGGCCGACGAGGAGCCGAGCAAAGAGAGCAGCACAGAGCGACCAAACACAACCCCGACCAGGACCAGCCCGAAGCUGGGCCGCUCCGACGGCUUCAGCGCCCCCCCGGACACCAACAAACCCUCCACAGACUUUCACAACCUGGCCAGGGAUCUAGAGAACAACCGGACCAGCCCCCCGAGCGACAAGGAGGCCGAGAUCUGCAGCGAGAGUUCGGGGAAGAGGAAGUUUUCGGAAAUAGAGGACAGGGAGUGCCGAGGGCCCAGCCUUCCUCCGACCAAGUCUAAAGACGAGCUUGCGACGUCUGCACAGAAUUACAGAGGAGUGUAUGGCCUGGAGGAGAACCACCGGGCCUUCUCCCCACUGGGCUCCACAGAACCUGGCGAGGGCAAGCGCAGCGCCUUCACCGAGGUCAAGAAGUCACCCCAGAACCUCAAACACCACAGCAAAAACCUCCAUAGCUCCAACGCUGAAAACAAAGAUGGAGGUCGUCCCAGCAGCAACCCGUCGGACAAGCACCUUAACAUCAGGCAGGUGCUGUCGGAGACCCAGCCGCCCCAAACCUCGCCCAUGGGCAGCGCGUUCACCUCCGUCAGCCAGCACGGUGGCGGCAGUGGUGGAGAGCGGAAGAGCGCCUUCAGUCAGCCAUCUCGCUCCUCCUUCUCCCAGAUCUCACCGCUUGUGAUGCCGCCCAAGCUGCUGGACUGCCACCCAGCGGUGGGCGACACCAUCUCCUCCUCCAGACUCUACCAGGCUGACCACCUUGCCGCCAAGCUGCAGGGUGCAGAACUGGGCGCCAACUGCCCCGUGCCGGGCGGAAUGGCCAAGCAGAACCCCUUUGUGUACGCCACCGCCUUCUGGCCCAAGAACUCGGGACCUAUCCAGCUUCAAAUGCCCUCGGCGCUCACCCUCCUGCCGCCCUCCUUCACCUCCCUCUGCCUGCCGGCGCAGAACUGGUGCGCAAAGUGCAACGCCUCUUUCCGCAUGACCUCGGACUUGGUUUACCACAUGCGGUCUCACCACAAAAAGGAGUACGCCAUGGAGCCUCUGGUCAAGCGGCGGCGUGAGGAGAAACUCAAGUGCCCAAUUUGCAACGAGUCCUUCCGGGAGCGGCAUCACCUGUCACGUCACAUGACCUCCCACAACUGACUUUUAAAGACUGACAAGGGAGGAGCUUUUGUUUUUACAAAGAGGGACUGUGACCCCGCCUGGAUUUAAGCACUCCGACUGGAGAUAGGCCACAUGAAAAUACUAAAAACACCCUUUGCACUUGUUUUCACUUUGGACUUUAAUCUUCUAAUUCCUUUUUGGUCGGUUUACUUUCUCUCCCCUGUACAAAUUGUCAUGUUUUUGGGUGUAUGCAAAUGCGUUUUGACUUCAAAAAUGAAUCUAUUUAUGAAGCACUUAAAAAGUUUGAGAAUAAGGGAAGAUUUAAAUAUGUGUAAAUGUACAGUAAGUUGUAUUUUAUAUCAUAUAAAUGCAAAACAUAGAGAAGAAAUACAAAUGUAGUCACACGUCAUGGUUUACAACGCAGCAAGGUUUUUCAUGUCUACGUUAAAUAUGGACACAAAAUUGGGGAUAUUAUGUCAGACUAUAUUUCAGAGUGCAUGUAAUAUUAAAUGAUAUUGAUUUAAGAUGCAGUCUAUACAUUACAAUGUAAAUAAUUUGUUUUAUUUGAAAUACAAAGUGUAAUAUUUUGUGUCAGUGGGGAAUAGUUUCAGUGUUUCUUCCUUUUGCGGAAAUUUACUACUUGAUAGUUUAUCUAAUCAUGUUGAAUGCAUUGACAAUAAAAUAGCUUUAUUUUCAA